CGCGAUCUCCGUCUCAACGUCGACAAGAUCUCGUAUCGUACAUAUACGUCAAGAUGUCGUUCGAAAACCCAACGCAGAUAUUUGCCCAAGAUGUGACAGAAGAGAAGGGCGAGAACGCCAGGCUGUCGGCAUUCGUAGGAGCUAUAGCAGUCGGCGACCUUGUCAAAAGCACUUUGGGACCAAAGGGUAUGGACAAGAUAUUACAGUCGGCUUCGACCGGAGAAAUUAUGGUCACCAACGACGGAGCCACUAUUUUGAAAUCUAUAGCUCUAGAUAAUGCCGCCGCAAAAGUACUCGUCAAUAUUUCAAAAGUACAGGACGACGAGGUGGGAGACGGCACUACCUCUGUCUCUGUUCUUGCAGCAGAAUUGCUACGAGAGGCAGAGCAGCUGGUAAAUCAAAAAAUCCACCCCCAAACGAUCAUCGAAGGCUACCGGAUAGCAUCGCAAGCAGCCUUAAAGGCACUAGAAGACCAUGCUGUUGACAACAGCUCUGAUCCCCAGAAGUUCCGAAAAGACUUGAUCGCCAUUGCCCGCACAACCCUCUCCUCCAAAGUGCUUUCCCAAGACCGCGACCAUUUUUCCAACCUUGCUGUAGACGCUGUAUUGCGAAUGAAGGGCUCUACCGAUCUUACACACAUACAGAUAAUUAAAAAGGCUGGUGGUAAGCUGAAGGAUUCGUAUCUCGACGAGGGGUUCAUUCUCGACAAGCGAAUUGGUGUCAACUGCCCGAAGCGCGUUACCAAUGCCAAGAUCCUCAUUGCAAAUACCGCUAUGGACACAGACAAGAUCAAGAUCUUCGGCGCGAGAGUAAAGGUCGAUUCAACCGGCAAGCUAGCAGAACUUGAGAAAGCAGAGCGCGAGAAGAUGAAGGAGAAGGUCGAGCGAAUCAAGAAACAUGGUAUCAAUUGUUUUGUCAAUAGGCAGCUCAUCUACAACUGGCCGGAACAACUGUUCGCUGACGCAGGCAUUUGCAGCAUCGAGCAUGCAGACUUUGAUGGCGUUGAAAGGCUAGCUCUUGUUACGGGCGGGGAGAUCACGAGCACCUUUGACCACCCGGAGAACGUUAAGCUGGGCCACUGCGACCUGAUCGAAGAAGUCAUAAUAGGUGAAGACACGUUGAUUCGUUUCUCAGGUGUUGCCGCUGGGCGGGCUUGCACAAUCGUUCUCCGCGGAGCAACGGAGCAGCUUCUCGACGAGGCCGAACGCUCACUGCAUGAUGCCCUGGCAGUUCUCUCACAGACUGUCAAAGAACCGCGGACGACACUCGGUGGUGGCUGCGCGGAAAUGAUAAUGGCGAAGGCAGUAGAUCAAGCAAGUCAAAAUGUGGCAGGCAAGAAGGCACUGGCCGUGGAAAGCUUUGCGAAGGCGUUGCGCCAGCUCCCAACCAUCUUGGCGGAUAAUGCCGGCCUUGACAGCAGUGACCUUGUCAGCAGGCUCCGAAGGGCAAUCUAUGCAGGAAUGACGAGCUCAGGUUUGGACCUACUAAAGCCUGGAGGCGGAAUCGCAGACAUGCGUGAGCUUGGGGUUGUCGAGUCUUACAAGCUGAAGAGGGCGGUUGUAAGCAGCGCCAGCGAGGCUGCGGAGCUGCUGCUUCGAGUUGACAACAUCAUCCGCAGCGCACCCAGGAAACGGGACAGGAUGUGAAAUGAGCAUGUCGAGUACGAUUGAUGACACGAUUAUGUAUGCUAAGGCCUGUUCGCGCGUUGUCGUGGUCUACAUCCUACAUAGAACCAAGAGCGUGUAAUGCAAAGAGUCCCGAGAGAUAUGGGCUGCUGUACAUCCCAUUCGCUUCACAACUUCCUUGCAUCUGUUCUUUCUGUAACUCUGCUUCAUUUCUCGACUUUCUCACUUUCGUACGUCGUGUUUCGGAGACUGUCAUACAGUCCGCGCUGUCUCGUGUAUCCUCUCUUGUCAUCACGACCUCAGAGGUAUUGAGUCGUCUUCUG